GACAGCGACGAUGAGGGCGGCGAGCGCGUCAUUCGACUCGAGAUCGGCGGCGAGACUGAAGAGGAGAAGGCCAAGCGUAUCGCUCUAGCCAUGCGCAAGAAGCCCAUGACCGCCAAAGACCGUGCGAUUCGCCUUGAAAUUCACAAAAUGCACGUUAUCGCCCUGCUGGCAUCGACGAGGAUACGCAACAAAUGGGCUUCGGAUGAGCUGCUUCAGUGUCGCUUGCUCUCCCUCUGCCCACUCCGUCUCGCCGCCGACCUGGUCGUCUCCCCCAAACGCUUCCCGGAUCGGGCACAGCGGAACCGGCUCUUCCUAGAGGCGCUACAGGAGCUCGUGACGUGGUGGUCGCAGGACUUCUUCGACAUUUCCGACCCGAUGUUAGGUCUCCGCACGAGAACUUGGGACGACAUGCAAGAGAUCAUCGAGCGCAUGCCUCGCCUCUCACGCGCCGAACUUCUCGGUGGUGUACUGUCGAGAAGAACCGAGGCGCCCAGAACCGAGACGCCAAAGAGCAAGAAGGGGAAGGGAAAGGACAAGAAUAAGAUGGAGGAUCCAGUUCUCGCCGCGUUAGAGGAGGAAUUAGGCGGUGAGCGCCUGCGCUCAGUCAACUCUCUAGCGAAGAAGGCUCUGCAACAAGAGGGAUCACGCGAUGUUUCGGCCCUGCUCUUCGUUGCGCUUGCCCGUGCAUGCGGUUUGGGAGCGCGCUUAGUCGUCAACAUUCAGGCUGUGCCUUGGCGAGCUGAGAAGGUUGUCGCAAAGAAGAAAGGUGCUGGAAGCGGGGCGCGAAGCGCAGCUCAACGCCAGGGCAUGGGCGAUGACUACAGUGGGAGUGAAGAGGACGAACUCGAAGAAGUUCAGAUCCCAGGUGCAUCUGGCGCUGAACCGUCACGGAAGAACAAUUCGAACUUGGGUAGCGCCAGACAGCCAAGCAAGCCUAGAGACUCGGCAGACAUGUACCGCCUUCGUCAACCCAAGCCACCACCACAGACCGUGGGAUCCAAGCCGAAGCGCAAGAAGCAGGAAGACAUGAUGGCCCAGCCGCCAGUCUUCUGGGCGGAGGUGUACAAUCGCUCUGAUCAGCGCUGGGUGCCUGUCGACCCCGUGAACGGCAUAAUACGGAAAAAGGCGCACUACGAGCCGCAAUCGGACAGCGGGCCUGUUCGCCUCGCUUACAUUCUGACGACAGAUGGUUAUGCACGAGACGUAACCUUGCGGUAUGCGCGAAACUUCGCAGCCAAGACGUGCAAAUUGCGUCCUCCUGUCAAGUCGGGGGAGCCGGACUGGUGGCCUGAGAUUGUUACAUUCUUACAACGGCCACUGCGCUUGAACCGAGACGAUCUCGAAGACGCCGAGCUCGAGAACAGUCAGGCGUCGGAAGGCAUGCCGCAGCACAUGUCCGGCUUCAAGGAUCAUCCCAUUUACGUUCUCGAGCGUCACCUGAAGCAGCACGAGGUGAUACAGCCUAAGCGUGAGGUCGGGAGGUUUAAGGGAGAGCCCGUUUACCGCCGUGCCAACGUUCUGGCUUGCCGCACUGCGGAAAAUUGGAUGCGUGUAGGACGUCGGGUCAAAGAUCGGCAGGAGCCGAUGAAGUGGAUUAAGCAGCGCGCCGUCACCAUCCAGAAGCGCCGAGCACAGGAGCUUGCCUUGCAAGAGACGGGCGAGGCUAUUCAGCAAGGCUUGUACGCUGAAAACCAAACUGAGUUGUACAUUCCGCCGCCCAUUGUCGACGGCAAGAUCCCGCAAAACGCCUUCGGCAACAUUGAUCUCUACGUCCCGACAAUGCUACCUGCUGGGGCCGUCCACUUGCCUUACAAGGGCAUUGCGAAGGUGGCCAAGAAGAUGGGUGUCAGCUUCGCAGAAGCCGUUACAUCCUUCGAGUUCAGGAAGCAGCGAGCCACGCCAGUCCUGACCGGCAUCGUUGUGGCCGCAGAAAAGGAGGAAGAGGUCCUCGCCGCGUACUGGGAGUCGAAUGCCGCGGCUGAAGAACGCGAGCGUACGAAGCGCGAGGAACGGGCUCUCAAGCGCUGGGUGAAGCUCAUUAAUGGCAUCCGCGUCCGUCUGCGCCUCCGCGCAGAGUACGGCGAGAUCGAUGAUGUGGGUAGU